UAUCAGCGUUCGUCGCACUUACCACUGGCACUGCCUGCUGGUGAUUUGAUUAGGUCAACCGCAGUAGGCCGCUCAGAACACAGUACGGCAGCGCGUUCGGUUCGGUUCAGUUCGGUUCGGUCGACGCGAUGGCACGGCCUACUACGGCGUUGGUGGUGCUUCUGUUGGCCUUGUGCCAUGGACUUGACGCCGGUUUCUUGGUUGGUAAGCGGGAUGCGUUGUUUCCGUUGACGCUGAUCCACUGGAACGACUUCCACGCGCGGUUUGAAGAGACUAACGUGCUGUCUACGAGGUGUGACGUUCAGGCGGGAGAGAAGUGUAUCGGCGGUUAUGCCAGGGUGGUGUCGGCGGUGAAGAGUCUGACCGAGAGCUACAAGGAGCAGAAUCCGGUGUUUUUGAACGCGGGGGAUAAUUUUCAGGGAACGUUCUGGUAUACGCUGUUGAGGUGGAAUGUGACGAGUUAUUUCUUGAAUUUGCUGCCGGCGGAUGCGGUGACGUUGGGGAAUCAUGAGUUCGAUCAUGGGAUCGCUGGUGUGGUGCCGUUUAUGGAGUCGCUGAAGUCGCCGAUCGUGGUGGCGAACAUUGACGAUCGGGAGGAACCGACGAUGCAGGGGAAGUAUAGCAAGUCGGUGGUGAUCAAGCGCGGUGAAAGGCAGAUUGGUAUAAUCGGAGUGAUACAUCAUUUGACGGAUACGCUGAGUAUGACGGAGCGGCUACGUUUUCUGGACGAGGUUGAAGCGAUAAACGCUGAGGCGGAACGGUUGAAAGCGAGUGGAGUGCAUAUUAUAGUAGUUUUGUCCCAUUGCGGGAUCACUAUUGAUAAGAAGAUUGCCGCGCAGUGUGCUGAUGUUGAUAUCGUAGUAGGCGGUCAUUCACAUACGUUCCUGUAUAAUGGUUCAACCGUGGGGUUUCCGGACGAUGCUGUGGAUACGUACCCGGUGGUUGUACAGCAGACGAGUGGACGGAAAGUGUUGGUGGUGCAAGCAUCCUGUUUCACGAAGUUCAUCGGGCGAUUGACGGCGUACUUCGAUGAUGCUGGUAAUCUUAUGGAAUGGGAAGGAAAUCCUGUCUACUUGGAUGAACAAGUUCCACUGGAUCCUCAGAUAUUGCAAGAAAUGAUUCCUUGGAGAGAAGAAGUUGACGUGCUAGCCUACAGACAUGUGGGCUCAUCUCUAGUUGUUCUGUCGAAAGCAGAGUGUCGAACAGGAGAAUGCAAUUUUGGAAACUUCGUGGCUGAUGGCUUCGUAGACUACUACACACAGCGACCAGAGAGUUCAAAUGAGUGGACGUACGCCGCAAUCGGAAUCACAAACGAUGGAGGAAUGCGGACUUCUUUGAAGAGGGGAUCCUUGACUUACGAUGAUAUCGUAACAGCAGUUCCAUACGAAAACACCGUUGACACAUUUGACAUCCGAGGACAAUAUCUCUUGGAAGCUCUAGAAUACAGUGCGAGCCGGUUCAAUUCAGCCGACGUCUUGCAAAUCUCCGGUAUCCGAGUGACCUACAAUGUUACCAAGCCAGCCGGUAAUCGGGUUGUUUCCGCAGAUAUUCGGUGUCGUGAGUGCAAAGUUCCCCGAUACGAACCGCUCGAUCUGAACAAGUACUACCGUGUCGCAAUAGCUGCUUGGAUCGGUAACGGUGGCAACGGGUACACCAUGUUCGGCGAGCAUCGCACCAAUCCACGCGUUGGACCCCUGGACAUUGUUGUACUGGAGCAGUACGUUGCCAAGAUGAGCCCGAUAAUGCAGGGGACGGACGGGCGGAUCCGUGUCAUAACAUAACACUUAAACUUAUUACCCUGGCUUUCAGUGUAUUCCUAGGUGUUCAGUUUCCAACCUGAGUAAAGUGGUCAUAGAAACAAACGGCGAGAAGCGAAGAAA